AUGGGUAAUUGCUUCUCUAGGUCUGGCAUGGAAGAGCCAGCGCCAACCCCCAAUAAGAAUGCUAAUAACAGGGCUCAACGAUUGAAGGAAAACGAAGGUCACAAAUUGGGAGAUGUCUCAGUGCCUGCUAGUAGGGACGAUUCCAAGAGAGAAGCUGCACGGGCUGCAGAGGAAAGGUUUCAGAAAAGUCAAAACGACUUGAAGGAGAGUCAACUGAAAUUGAAGGAAAUGAGUAAAAAGUCAAGAGCCGAUAAAGGGUUGUAG